AUGGCGCAUAUGGACACGACAACGAACUUCUUCGGCGACAACCGGGGUGUUCAACUAGGUUACAAUCAUGGGACCUUUUCGGCAAACUUCUACCCCAAGCCUGAAAGACCGGAGACACCGCCAAGCCCAUCGGACACCAUCCCCUUUCGGCGCGACGUCGACUUCGUUGACCGCGGAGAGAUCCUCAAUCAGAUACACGAGAAAUGUUCUGCGCCAGCCUCUCGUGCAGCUCUUUUCGGCCUGGGAGGUGUCGGGAAGUCACAGCUUGCUAUUGAGUAUUCCUACCGGGUUAGGGAAAGGUCACCGCAGACCUGGGUCUUUUGGGUUCAUGCCAGCACGGCAGCCCGAUUUGAGGAAGGCUACAGAGCGAUCGCGGACAAGAUUAAACUGCUUGGGCGUAAUGAGCCAAAAGCGGACAUCUUGCAACUCGUGCGCAGCUGGCUAUGCAAUGAGGGAAAGGGGAAGUGGCUCAUGGUACUCGACAACGCCGAUGUUGUCAGCGUCUUCUUCGACAUUCGCGGUGGAAGGCAAGAACCACCGUCUGGCGACUCAGGUAGUAGACAAGUGCCAUCGCUCUCAACGUAUCUGCCUUAA